GACGCAUUUUAUCACUUUUCUCUUUUAUUGAUUAUUUUCAUGGCUACACCAGUUACUUUAAAAAAGCUUGAUGAGAAAAAACAGGCUGCUGAGAAACGACGUGAGAAAACUCAAAAAGAAGAUCAUUUACUUCCUUUAAAUGGAAUGGGACCAGAGACACCUUAUUCUCAUUUGUUGAUCAGCGGGACACAGAAUCCUGCGCCAAGAAUGAUGGAUUUGCGUCCUUUGACCAACCAAUUUGCGCAAUACCGUCAACGCAAAGAGGAUUUUUCUGCUGAUCGUCCGAGUGGCAAAAACUAUACAAGCUUUGUCAGCAAUGAGAUUACUCAUCGAAAUGGCAACACUAAGAAGCAGCGAGGUGAUGGUGGUGCUUCUGCACUUGAAAAGCAAUUAAGUCAAUUGGCUAUUGUUGAAACACCAGCAGAACUUCCUGCUUUUGAAUAUAUUUUGAAAUCUAAUAAUUUGGUUUGCUUUCAUGGAAAAGGACAUUUUUUGAGCACUCUUUAUCCGGUCAAAAUUAACGUCGACGGGCAUGACUAUCCAUCAGUUGAACAUUAUUAUCAGGCUUGCAAAAUUUUUUCGUUGGUUGGCCCGGAUCAGGCUCAAUUGUUGCGUAAUGUUUUGGAUACUUUAAAGGUUAAACAGAAGGCUAAAGACAUUCUUCGAAAUUACCGUGUAAACAACCAAAAGGUUGAGCAUUGGAAGAAUACUACAGGAUUGUUAGUUCUUCUCCAUGGAAUUCGUUUCAAGUUUACUCAAAACCAAGAAAUGCGUGAUAAGCUUUUAGCUACUGGAGAUGCUCUUCUUUGCCAAGCUUAUGACCGCGAUGCUUUUUAUGCUUUUCCAAGUGACCUCGACGAAGACAAAGUUAAAUACAUUCCUUUGGUUGGGAAAGGGAAGAAUGUUUUGGGUGUUCUUUGUAUGCAGAUUCGUCAUUUAAUUAAAUAUGGUGUUGGGCCUGUAAUUGACAAGAAGAAGACUGCCCAAGUUAAGGAUAAUAAUGGGGCAGAAGACAAGUCGACAAUUUCUUCUUUUGAAGAAGACGAUGAUGACCUGAAGAGUUCUGAUGAUGAUUUUAAGAGUUAA